UAAUCUCCAAAAAUGUGGGGAAUUUCGGGUCACACGUUCUCCAUCGUUGCACUUUUCACUCAUCACCCCUCAAAAGUCUCUUCUUCUAAGAGAAAUCAACAGAAUGAGAUAAACAGAAAUAAAAAAAAAUGUCAGACAGGAAUCCGGAAUCCUCAAACUUGAACGCGCUAAACACGGACGUCACGGAAUCAAUCCUGUCCCUCCUCCCGAUCCCAUCGCUCGUCCGCUUCUCCACCGUCUCCAAGCUCUGGCGCUCAAUCAUCACCUCCCUCCCUCCUUCCCCUUCCUCUUCCCCAUGGCUCUUCCUCUUCGGCAUCCACAACACCUCCUCCUUCCACAACCAAUCCUUCGCCUUCGACCCCCUCUCCCACUCCUGGCUCCGCCUCCCCUUCCCCUCCCUCCCUUCCCUCCACCUCGUCGGCUCCGAUCGCUUCCUCUUCUCCACCGCUCCCAGAUUCUCCUUCUCCCCCAUCCUCAACCCUCACUGGCGUCCCACCUCCCCUCUCCGUUUCCCCCGAAUCAACCCCCUCCUCGGCGUCUUCCCCUCCUCCUCCAAGCUCAUCCUCGUCGGCGGUGUCGGAUCCAUCGGCGGCUUAGUCAACAUCGACGAUCGCUCUCCCGUUCAAAUCUACGACUCCGCUCUCGACUCCUGGGAGCUCUGUCCUCCCCUCCCCGACGCUUUCCGAUCAAACGCCCACGAAACCCUCAGCUCGGCCCUCUGCAAACGCAGCUUCUACGUCUUCGAUGUCACCUCGUGCUUCAUCUCCUCCUUCUCCUUGGAUACUUACACGUGGAGCGACGUUCAGACGCUUAGACCCCCCGGCCUCCUCUUCGCCUUCCUCAACUCCUGUAACGACGCCCUUGUCCUCGGCGGAAUGUGUUAUUCGGAUCGCGGCUUCUCCUUUAACCUCUGGAGAGUCGACCAAGGCUCCAUGGAGUUCAGCGAGAUCGCCAUUAUGCCUGACGCUUUGUUGUUUGGCUUGUUGGUUGAUUCCGAGGAUGAGGAUGAUGCUCACCGCUUCACGACUUUGAAAUGCCUUGGCUCUGGGAAUCUUGUUUAUGUGUUUAACCAAGAUGCUCAUAAGAAGUAUCCUGCUUGUGUUUGUGACAUUGGUGUGGAGAAUGGCAAGUGUACCUGGAGGAGUCUGCCCAAUUUGCCCUCUCCUGUUAAUAAGUUUCAUAAGCUUGUUACUUUCUGCUCCACUCUAUCCAUUACCGACGUCUUCCACUCCGAUGAGGCUCAGAUUGGUGCUUGAGUUCCUUUUACUUAUGCCAAUGGUAAGCUAUUUAUAGUCCAAGUACCUAUCUUACCAUCCAUGGGGUACGAUUUAACUUACAAUGUAAAGUGGAGAUGAACAGAGAAGAUAAAUAAUGGAAAGUGUAUAAAGAUGGGUAUCCAUUUAUUAUGGUAAUCAUUCAUAUAUGUAAUUAGGUGAAAACUGAUUUUGUAAUUCUUCGUUAAUAUGUUGUUGCUAUGUUAACUCUUUUGUACGAUUACAUAUAGUGUAUAUUUGUUUAUUCCAUUGUUUCUUCGUAAGACCUUUUCGGUCAAGUCAGUAAUCUCAAUGUUUUAAAGUGUGAUCACAACACUAAUUGCUAAACUCAGACAAAGAGUGGCAAAGUGUUGAAGAUGGAUCCAACGAAAUUGAUGUCAACGAAUCGAAAAUUUUCAUGGAGAUUGAUGCAGAGAAAAUUUGGAUAUAUUCCAAAUAUUAUUAUUAUUUAUUAAUAGAAUAAUUAUUUUUAUUGUUUUAAGGUUUUAAUGGUUUUCCUAUAUUAAAAUAGAUUAGGUUUUCUAAGAUUAGUGAUUUAUUAUAAACUAGAUCAUAAUCCGUGCGCAUACCCGGAGCGAGUUCUUAUAAUAAUGUUUGUUUAUGAAAUAAUUUUAACAUUCUGAAACACUACAAUUUUUAUCGAUUAUAAAAUGAUGAAUACAAAUAUUGGUCUCUUAAAUAUAUCAUCGCUGUUUAAGAGUAAAUGUAUUACAUUUCAUUUUAAUUAUUUUUAAGACUUCAUAUGUACAAAAAAAAUUAAGUUUUGUGGAUGACACAAAUUACCAAAACCAAUAGGCAACAUCGAUUGUAUAAUGACGAAAGAUGAUUAGAUUUUCUGCUCUCGAUUUGUUUACUAUUGACUCUGCAUAAAUGAUUUUAUUUUCUACCUCUAUAAAAUUGUGCUUUCAUUCUCGUCUUUGUUUCAUUGAUAUGAGUUACGUUUCUUUUUUUUAAAAACUUUUUUUAUGAAUUCAGUGAAUUACUUAAGUGUCAAUUAAAAAAUGGACAUCUGUAAAAAUUAGUUUCACUCCAUAUAUAUAUCUAAGAAUAAAAUUUUGAAAAAAAAUCACUGGCAAACUAUAUUAACAGGUUAAUGUUCAUAUCUAAUAUAUCAAGCUGUUAUAGAAUAUAAGUACACAUUCGAAAUGUAAAUAUUUGUCUAGUAUAUAUUCACCAGCUCGGUCUAAAAAUCAUAUAUUUAGAACAAGAAAACAAAUUACUUAUUUCACCAGUUCGAGUAUUAUCUGAAUCCGAACGGGUAAUAUCUGAACCAGAAUGGAUAUCCGAAGAUAACCAAACAUAAGUAUACUUAACUAUAUAUUUCUAGUUUAUUUCUCUCAUUUUAUUCAAAAUACUUAUAUUAAUGAUUCUUAUUCCUCAAAAUUAGAUAAUAUACAUAGAAUUAUGGACAAAAUCAUUUGCUACUCACUUAAAAUACAUAUCAAUUUCUUGUUUCUUACAUUAACAAAAGUUUCAUCUAAAAUUUCAAAACAACAAUUAAAUUAGUGUCUUUCUAUUUUUAAGUUUUAUCUCCAAACCUAUUAAUAGUUUAAUCUUUUAAAAAUUAAAAAAAACAGUUAAGUUAAAAUAUAUUUUAAAUACAAAAAACUUAAACAAUGAAUAAUUUAUUUAUUUUUCUUCAUAAUUUGAAUAUCCGAACCCGGCCCAAAAUAUUUGAAUCCGAACAUAAAAUACCAGAACCCGACUCGAAGUGUAGUAAUACCCGAAUGGGUUAUAUACCUUUAUACUGAAAUAUACGAUACAAACCCAAAUAUGUAUCCCAACGCCCACCCCUAUGAUAUAUGAUCAUUUGCAUCUUGCUUGAACCAAAAAAAGUUAAACUAUUGAUCACAAAUUUUUUUAUGUGGAACUUUUACCAUUUUUAGUAAUUUAUAGUCGUUUUUAAGAAUGUACAUCCAUAGUUAUAUUAGCUCAAUGGUAUAAGUGUCGUAGCCAGUGGCAUCGGGAACAGUUAAGCUAUUAAUCAAGGCUCAAUUCUUAUAAAUAUGGCGAUACAAAGGUCAAGAUUGAAAUUGAUUUGGAAGUCUCUCCUUCGGAAUUAGUUGAAGUUUGUGAUCCGGUCGGGUACUCAGUUAGAAUUAAGGUUGUGUACCCAAGGCUCCCGUCCAAAUGUUGUAAUUGAGGUAAGUUUGGACAUUUCCUUAACAAAUGUUUAAAGCUGUAAGUGAAGAAGAAACUUCAAUCAGCAACAAUAUCAAAGGAAGAGUACACUGCUCAAGUCUCUACAAAAUUUUCCUUAGGCAAUCAAAAUGUUCUAAGCUCUCCGAAAAAAACUGUGGGAGAACCAUCAAAGACUAUUGCUUCUUCAAAAAAAAAACAUCUGGCCCUAAUAAAAAUAUUGUGAGAAGGGCGUGAUCUCAGCCCCAAGCUAGAAGUUCUAGUUCCCGUCCUACUACAGAAGUAGAUAAGGAUUCAUCAGUUCAAAGAAGUUGAAGGGAAUACGAUUAUUUCGGUGUUAGGUUUGUUAGAAUUUAAAUGCUUGGCUGGUGAAGAUAACAUCUCUACGGUUGCAAUUAUUCAGCAGACCAAAGAUCAGAAAGAGAAGACUAUCUCGGAGAGUCCCGACAUUUAUGAGUCGAGCUUGGAUUUCGGAUCUUAUGAAUGUUAUCUGCCAGAUGAUGAAAAAUCCUUUUAGUUCACAGAAAUCUCAAAGAGGGAAAAGAGAGCCCAAAACCAAAGUGAGUUGUAGAAUUCUUUCUCCUCAACAAAGAAGAAGAUGUUAGGCUAUGAUAUCCGCUUCUAAAGUCCCCAUUUGGGUGGAAAACUCUAACUCCUCUAGAAGCAAUGUCUUCCCCCUUCAAUUUUUUUUUGUCAUAAUUUUGAAGGUGUUUAAUUAGCAUAUUAUAGGUAUCAACAAUUUAUAUAGACAUCAUAUAGUAAGGAAUUGACUAAGAAAAUUUAAGUAAAAAAUUGAAGUUUUCUGGAGACUCGAAUCAGAAAGGAGAAUGCAACUACUGUGAUUCAAGUGUUUUCUCCGGGUUAGGGGUUUGAUAAUAUCUCUUACGAAGGAGGUGUAUAUAGACUGUUUGGAUCCGCAAAAUUUCAGUAAUUAUUUUCAAGAAAACUCAGCAUUAUAUGGUAUGUGGCAUCCUGGAUCCAAAAACCAACACCACAUUCACAAUCAUCUUUCUUUAUGUAUGCAACAUAGAAACUUAGAGACAAGAUCUUUGGGAUGAUCUCAAGACUAUAACAAACAUGCCGUUUGUUAAGAGUCGUCAUUUGUUGGUGCUUGGCAAUUUUAAUCAAAUUUUAGCCUCCAGUAAGUAUUUCUCCAUCAAUCCUUAUACAUUACCUAUUCAUGGCAUGGAGGAAUUUCACGAGUUUUUGUUGGAAUGCGGCUCUUUGAGGAUUUGGUCUCGUGGUGUUUUAUUCACCUAGACUAAUAGAUGUGUAUAAGAUCUGAUAAGUUCAAAUUAACCUCAAGUCAAUUCUCUCAAAUAAGAGGAUCCGUGUAGUAUUUGAGGAUGAAAUUCACAUGGACUGAAGAUCACACAAUAGACUUUAGAUUUCGAACUAAGCUAAUUCAGAGAUAUGGAAACAAUAAAGUAAGCACAAAGUAAAUAAAUCGGUUUGAGAUCAAAUUCGUUGGUAAGUUACUCAACUCUCGGUGAGAUAAUAUAUCAGAUAACUCUAUCAAAACCAAUUUUCAUUGCGAAUUUGAUGAAUAUAGCAAGCAUUAAGUACCAAUUCGAUAUGUUCAUUAAAUUCCUAGACGAACUCUCGUUGCGACUAAGAAUUUAGCUCGACAUGAUUAGGUUCAGGUAUUUAUUACACUCUCGUGCCUUACAACUAUCCUAAGAUCAGGUUUCUAGUUAAUUACUCUAGAAACAAACAUUAAGAUCAAUCCUGGUGAAGGAUAUAGUAAGACUACACUAGCAAUCUCUCAAUUCGUCAUAAACCCUAGAAAAUCCAUAAAUCUAAUAAGAAAACUACUCAGACAUAAUCAUGCUAGGCAUAACGAUAAUCUGAAUAAAUUUCAUAGAUAGAGUAAGUAAUACUGGAGUUUCAAUUGAUCUCUAAAGGAGUUCUCUGAUUUUCUCUCCAAAACUUCUAAGAACAAAAUAAAGUGUAGCCUAAACAGUGCUUAAAAAAAUGCUAAAUAUAGGUUAAAAUACGUUAUAGGUUUCUUUACAAAUACUGAAAACUUCUAGGCCAAAGUGUAAUUCACGAGACUUGUGUCAAAUUUCUUGAACAUCAUGGGUGUCAAGCGACACCAAGGAUGAUGUCAAGUGACACACUCUCCAUAAAACGACUCCGACUUCAACUUCUCAGCUUGAGUUCUUUAAAUGCUCCAAAUAGCUUCAUAAUUUCCAAAAUGUACAAGAACCUGUAAAGAUCCUAUAAUAGGCUUAAAAAUUAAUAUAAAGACUCUAAAAUUGAACUUAUACCGUGGUUAGAAUACAUAAACCAAGGUAUAUCAAGAUCCACUUCUGAAAAAGUUGGGUAGAGCUUUGGGGAAUGAAAUCUAGAGAGCCUACUAUGAUGAUGUUUUAGCUAACUUUGAGCCACCAAGUGAUUCAGACCAUGCAUCAUGCCUCAUUGAUCUAGAAUCAGAUUAUGAAAGACGGAAAGUCAGCUUUUAGUAUAUCUCAUUUAUCUAUGCAUUCCUGGUUUUCUUCAGAUAUUAAGGAAGCAUAGGAUAAGGAUAUAUUUGUGGGUUCUAUAUAUUCUCGCUUGAACAGAAACUAAACAAUGCGAAGUCAGCCUGCAAGAAACUGAACCGGAAGGUUUUGUCAAUAUUCAACAGAAGUUCAAAGGUGAUAUGGCUUCGUUACACGAGAUUCAGGACGAGCUGCUCAUUACAACUUUUGUUGCACUAUUUAAAGUAUAAUUUGUUCCUAAAAAGAAAUUAGAGACUAUUUUCCAGAGCUUAAGCGAUAUUCUGCAAAAGGAAAUUGAGAAUCCGAAAUAGAAAAUCCAUUGUUAUAUAAGAGAUAUGAAAAUACAAAGUUCUAUCACAACUCAGUCAUUUCCUAUCAAGCUCGCAAUGCUGUUACAUACCUUAUUGACGACCAAGAAAAUCAAGUACAUAAAGGCAUUGAAAUCAAAGGGUUGGCGAUAAGCUAUUAUCAAAAACUCUUGGGAGAAGAGAACAAUGAAGUAGUGUCACUUUCGGUUUAGGUGCUUCGUAAAAUAUUCCAUUUCAAUGUUCAGACAGUGUUGCUGCCACUCUAACCUCAGUUCCAACAAAUGAAGAGAUUAGAACAGUCACUUUCAGUUUCCCUAAGAGUAAAGCCCCUGGACCUGACGGGGUUUCUGCUGAAUUCUUCUGGGAAGCGUGGUUAUUCAACAAUUGCAGCAAUCAAAGAACUUUUUUUCGAAUGGCAGAAUGUUACGCAUAUUUAAUGUCACUGCAAUUUGUCUGAUUCCCAAGAUCACAUGAGCAGAUUCACUUGGAUAAUUAGGACUAAUAUCUCUUUGUAUUGCGGUCUACAAAGUUUCAGCUCGGAUCCUAAAGAAUAGACUGUCCAUCAUACCAGAGGCUGUUCAGUUGAAUCAAGUGGGUUUGUGAAGGGCUGUAUAUUGUGAAAAAAUUUCCUUCCCGCGUCUAAGCUAGUCACUACAAGAAAACACAAUUUUAACGACGAAAAAUAACGAGGAAAAAAGUCCUCGUAAAUUUACGUCCUAUUUUCGAGUACCUUACGAGGAAAAAAUAAACCAACGUAAUAUCGUCGUAAAUUAACGACAAUAAAAUUUCGUUAUAAAACCGACACAACUUAACGUGGUUUUUACGAGGAAACAAGGAUUCGUCGUAGAGUAGACGUAAAUACAACGAGGACUUUACGACGAAAUAUUUUACAUCUAUUUAGCGUCGAUAUCUCGAGUGCACCAAUUUUUUAGUUUUAAACACAUUUUUUUGUUUCGGCUAGCUAACUAUAUUUCCUCGUAAAUUCCUAGGAAAAGUUCUCCUACCAGUUUCGAAAAUUUUCUAUAAAUAUGGGGUUUGUAUUUCAUUUGAAACACACCAAAAAGAAGAAAAAAACUAAAAACGUGAAAGAAAAAAAAUGUCGGGUGAUGGGAAUAUAUUGAGUUGCGGAGGUGAAUAUAUAUGCUGAGAGAUACUAACCGGAGAGUGACGAAAGAAUAUCUCGAAGGGCUAGAGACAUUUAUGCAUCAAGCAUAUUCUACACCGCUCGCCCAUGAAAAGAGUAAGAUGUUAUGUCCUUGUCGGAAAUGCAACAAUUCAAAAUUAGCAACUCGUGAAAAUGUAUGGAAGCAUUUAAUAAAUAGAAGUUUCACGUAACAUUACUAUAUCUGGUUUCAACAUGGAGAAGGUUAUAAUUAUGGGAAUGAAGCUAGUAGUAAUAAUAGCAAUUUUCAAGAUGAACCGGUUGAUCAUUUGCAUAACGAACAUAGUUACCAUCAUGAGGAGCAUAUGAUAGAUUAUGAUAAGGUUCAUGAUAUGGUAGCUGAUGCAUUUGUAGCUCAUGAUGAAGUUGAAGAACCUAACAUAGAUGCAAAAAGGUUUUAUGAAAUGUUAGAUGCUGCGAAUCAGCCAAUUUACAGUGGUUGUAGAGAAGAUCUCUCUAAAUUAUCGUUGGCUGCUCGAAUGAUGAAUAUUAAAACUGAUCACAAUCUACUUGAAAGUUGAAUGGAUUCAUGAGCAGACUUGUUUAAAGAGUAUUGCCAGAAGAAAAUGUGUCUGCUGAUUCUUAUUAUGAGAUUCAGAAACUAGUUUAUAGUCUUGGGUUGCCUUCAUAGAUGAUAGAUGUUUGCGUCGACAAUUGCAUGAUCUACUGGGAGGUGAUGAGAAGUUAGAAGAAUGUCGAUUCUGCAAGAAGCCACGAUUCAUGACGAGGGCGUAAUACGGUACCGUACCAAAGGAUGUGGUAAAUACCAAUUACAGACAGAUUGAAAAGUUUGUACCAAUCUGAGCAGACUGCUGGAGGGAUGAGAUAGCAUGCCGAGCAUACUCAGACGGAUGGUGAGAUGACUCAUCCACCAGAUGCAAGAGCCUGGAAACAUUUUAACAAAGUACAUCCAAAAUUCGCUAGCAAUAGCCGAAAUGUGUCUUGGAUUAUGCACAGAUGGAUUUAGUCCAUUUGGAAUGUCAAGGAAACAAUAUUCAUUGUGACCAGUUUUUCUUACGCCAUACAACCUGCCACCGGAGAUGUGUAUGCAAGAGGAGUUUUUAUUCUUGACCAUAUUAAUACCUGGUCUGAAACAUCCAAAAACGUCUCUUAUGUUGUUCUACAACCACUGAUAAAAGAGUUGAAAGAUUUGUGGUCAACAGGGGUGAAGACGUAUGAUUUCUCAACGAAGACAAAUUUUACGAUGUGUACGAUGCUUUUGUGGACCAUAAGUGACUUUCCUGCCUAUGUGAUGUUGUCUGGAUGGACUACACAUGAUAGAUUAUCUUGUCUAUAUUGUAAUUAAAUGACAGAUGCGUUUCAACUGAAGAAUGGUAAGAAGACAAGUUGGUUCAAUUGUCACCGUCAAUUUCUUCCCGUUUGCCAUCCGUACCGAAUAAACAAGAAAUUGUUCAGGCAAAAAAGGAUUGUGAGAGACACUCCUCCUCCAUAUUUAACUGGAGAAGAAAUUGAAGCGCGAAUCGAUUACUACGGAGCUAAAGAAACAAUUCGAUGUGGUGGUAAUUGGCAUGUUCCUGGUAAUAUGCCUGAUUUUGACGGAGUUCAGCACAACUGGCACAAAAAGGGUAUAUCUUGGGAGUUGCCAUAUUGGAAGGAUCUUCUUUUGCGCCACAACCUCGAUGUGAAUACAAUAUUAAAUGUCCCAGGGAAGACAAAAGACAUCAAAAAAACGAGGUUGGACUUUCCUGCUAUUUGCUCAAGAAGCGAGUUACAUAUAAAAAACAAUGGACAAGUUCCCGUUCCGAUAUUCAAAUUUUCUUCCAAACAAAAUUCGGUGUUGUUCAACUGGGUGGCAUCAGAAGUGAAGUCCCCCGAUGGGUAUGUGUCAAAUAUCUCUAGAUGUGUUGAAAGGGUCAAAAGUUCUCCGGGAUGAAGAGUCAUGAUUGUCAUGUUUUUAUGCAACGACUACUUCCCUUUGCAUUUGCGGAGCUACUUCCAACAAAUGUACAUGAAGCCACUUGCAGGUAAUAUAUUACGCAUUAAUUUCUUUAUUGCUCUAUAAGAUGCAAAAAUAAAUAAUAUGACUAAAUGUGUUUAAUUGGAAUAUACAAGGUAUUGAAGCAUUUUUCAGGGAUCUGAGCACACGCACUCUUAAAGAGGAUGCGUAGAACAACUUCAUGAGAACAUUCUCAUCUUACUGUGCAACUUGGAGAAGAUAUUUCCUCCAACAUAUUUUGAUGUCAUGGAGCAUCUAGCUGUCCACCUCCAGUAUGAGGCAAUGCUUCGUGGACCUGUACAAUACAGAUGAAUGUAUCUGUAACGAUGCGGUUUCUUUAAACCAGAUUUAGAAAUUUGUUUGAUUAAUUAUUCUCUAAACCAAACCAUUUGAAAUAAACCAAAGAGAUUUAUAAGUCGUAUACAUCUCCAUCUUUGGCGAAACCUAGCCGCACACCUCCAAUUAAACCAUUGUUCACCUCCAAAAUCUGAUGCACCGCGAUGCCACCACCGGCUCUUCCCGUUGUCUUGGAGCCAUCACGCCAUGUCAGAGAGAGAGCCUCGUCAUCACUAGUCAAACGUCUCACGUGUUGUUGUCUCGCACCGAACUCGAGAGAUGUAUAUAUGAUGUGAGGAGGAGGCGAACAAAGACGGAGCCACCGUCUCACCACCGCCGCACCGAUCAGAUCCACACUGUUGUUAGUCGCAAGCCAUUGGAGGAGGCAGUCAUGUCACCGGAGAGUCGUGAUAGCCGGAGAUCGUACCAGCCACCGUCAUCAACCGUUAUCUAGCUAAGUGUUGCCUCCUUUGUUACUUGUGCCACAAGUAACGUAUAUACCACAAACCUUAAACGUGUCUUUGCAUGUGUUUAGGUGUAGUGAAUCUUAUGCCAACCUGGAGUUACUUGCCCAUCAUUUUAAAAUAAGGCGUACAAAGAUUUAUGGAACACGUUUCGCUCAACACCAUGAUUAGGAAGGAAUCUUUUAAAGUGAUGUUAGGCGAGAUCGUUCCCGAGCUUUUCAUGAGCUAUAUCCAAUAUUUGCUAAGGUGAGGGUCUUUUCCCGAGCUUCUCUUACACGGCUUAGGACCUCGAAUAAGUAUAAUUUAUUUCUAAUGUGUUUCCGUCUGCGUGAAAUUGAGUCUGUCAUUGUUUGCUUAGUUUUAGGUUCUUUGCUUAACCGAAACUAGGGUGUUAGAGGGUUCAACAAUGUUUGUUCAUUUAUAAUUGAUAAUAUAUAUAUAUAUAUAUAUAUAGUAUAUUGAUGUGAUUUGGAUGAUAGCCGACCAUGGGGGUAUCGGCUGGAGACAGUACAUUGGGUGUGGUGUUUGCUGCGGCACAGCGUAGUCGACCUGUUGUGCCAAGGCGUGGAGGUCGAUAAAUCAUCUACGGGCGUGUGUUACCGAGCACAUAUUCGGUGGUGUUUUGGCCUGUUAGUGGGCACUUUGUUUGAUCUCUGGGUACUUUAGGUACCGUGUUUGCAACGUGUUAAGAUUAAAUUAUAUUUAUUCGGAGUGCUCUGUCCGGGUCCAUGGACUUCGGGUUUAGUAUCCCAUACCUCAUUGAGUGACUUUCCCGUUACUCACCCCUCUUUCUUCCCAUUUCAGGUGAGACUGACGAGUAUAUGAUAUUUGGACGGAUUGGUGCUACUGGACUUUUUAUUCAGAUUUUUAUUUGGGCUUUGGGUGAGUGUAAUUGGGUAUAUGGGAUUUUAUUAUAUGAUAUAUAUUUGGUGGCCCACUUUCUCUGGAUUGGAGGUGACGGGUGUCACAAUUUGGUAUCAGAGCGGAGUUCCGUCCCGGUUCCGUCCCGGGAUGGCGAUUAGGAGAUUCGGUUUUCUACGUUUUUUUAGUAUAAAAUAAUAUAUAUAUAUAUAUAUAUAUAUAUAUAUAUAAUAAAAAAAAUGUUUGCGAAGUUCUUUAGCAUCAUUCUGUCCAGUAAUUAUUAACUCAAUUGUCUCUUUAUAUGACGAUGAGUAAAAUCAUCGUCAUUCAUUCUUCGACUAACAAGAUUCUAGCGAGAUGUUCAGUAAUAGAUGUGUGAUGUCUCAGUUCGUCAGUUUUCUCAGGAGUUAUCAGUUUCUUUGGUCAUGAUUCUGAGAUUAUCCAGGAGUGGAUAUGUGACGUUUCCGCUUCCACCCUAUUUCAACCAAUCAUUCCACGAGUUAUUGUUACUGGAGAUUACUUGAUAUGAGGUGUGAGCCAUUGGUUGGCAGGUGUUGUUUUUGUGUACGAGUAUGUUGACUAUUUUGGAGGUAUGUUCAGUUUGUAAACUCGUGGGGAUCUCUUUUGAAUCGGGGUGUAGCAGCUUGCGUUGUGUUGAUAUUGGAGUUACACUUGGUUUUGUUUGCCAGUUUUUGGCAUUGCUGAUUGUUUCAGAAAUGUGUUAGUUCAAACAGCUGACAUGGGAUGUGGGAGCUAUUUAUAUUCAUCGCAAUGUACCAGUUAUGCUCGGAGGACUGACUUGUUCGGAGACUCUUCAGAGAUGGAGCUACGUUUUUACGAUGUCACCCAUGGGAUGGAUUGGCUACCACGAUAUCGAGUAGAGUUGGAUUGCCCGAAGACAAGAGCUGAUAUUGCUGGAGCUGAUGAGAAUUUUUAUUGCAUGUAUGCUACAUGCUGAGGAGUUAAUGGAUAUAAGAUCAUAUGGAUUUUCAUCAAACAUUUUGAUAGUUAAAAUGAUGGACAGCAUGAGCUGCAGGAUCUUCCAAUUAUUGCAGACUAUGAGGAUGUAAUUGUGGUCUUUGGAACGACCACCACCAGACACAUGAGACGUUCUUACUAUUGAGUUGAAACCAAGGACAACACUUGUUUUACGAGUUCUACACCAAUUAGCAGCAGCUGAGAUGAUCGAGCUGAAAGAGCAUAUGGAAGAUUCACCAGACAUGGGUUUUAUCAGACCGAGUACUUCACCGUGGGGAGCAUCAUUAUUUUUGUAAAGAAGAAAGAUGGACGUUUCAAAAUUUUAUGACUACAGAGAUCUGAACAAAGGGAUCCUUAAGGAUAAGUAUCUCUUCCGCGUAUUGAUGGUUGUUGGAUUACCUACAAGAGGUUCAUAGUUCUUGUAGAUUGACUUGGCAUCAGGAUACCAUCAGAUUGUUAUAACUGAGGAGUUUAUAUGGAUGUGGGUUUUUGUAUAUGUUAUGGAUAUUAUGAGUUGUGGUGAUACUAUUUAGUUUGAUGAAUGCACCGUUAGCAUUCGUGAAGCUUAUGAAUGAUGUUUUCAUGAACACUUGGAUAAGUGCGCAAUUGUAUUCAUCGCCGACAUCCUGAUUUAUUCUUGGAGCAAAGAGGAGCAUGUUGAGCAGUUACGGAUCGUGUUAGAUUAGCUUGGAGAGCAUAAAUUGGUUGCUAACGGAGUAGGUGUAAUUUCUGGAAAAGGAAAAAGAAAAUUGAAUUUUUAGAUCACGUGUUUCAGAAGCAGGAGUUGCUGUUUAUUCAGAAAAAAUUUAUUACAAGUUCAGAAUGGCCGACACCUAAGAGGUGCAUAGAUCUGAAGUGUUACUACUAUUGGUCUAGAGUGAAAAAAAAAAAAAGAAAGAGAAAAAGAUGUAGCUACAUUGUGUCUCCAUGUCAGACUUAUCAAAUGGUUAAAACAGAACAUCAAAAUUAUUUAUGGGAUUAUUACACAAUCUACUUCUUCCAGAUUGGAAAUGAGAUAUGUUGAUUAUGGGCUUACUAACUGGAGUACCGGAGUCAAGUUUCAUGAAGAAUAAUAUAUGAGCGAUCAUGGACCGUAUCACUAAGUUAAAAUCUAGAGGACAUACCCUUGACUUAGUGCUUAGCUCGCGAGGAAAAAUAAUAUUUUUUUUUUUGAGUAAAUUAUGUACCGCCGAAAUAGUUCAUGUACAGUAAAAGUUAUUACUCGAACAUUCAGAUAUCACCUUACGAAGCUCUUUAUGGAAGAUAAUUUGCACACAUACUAUGAUGGACCAAAGUGGGAAAGCACUCUAACGUAUAGCAACCAAUCGUUUAAAGGACGUUGAAGCAAAUAGAAAUGCUCAAGAACUAAAGGAAGCAUACGGCAACAAAAAAAAAAAUUGUAUGCACUCAUCGGGUCUGUGGAGAUUACAAAUCGACAAGUCGAAGCAGUUAAGAAAAUGAUGACCUUAUUGAUCAAAGUUCAAUAAGAAAGAAAUAAGAUCCAGGAGGAAAUCUGAGAGACCGAGUCGAAGAUGAAGAUUGAAUAUUGAAAUUUUAUUUUGGAGAAUAAAACUAGCUGGCAAGUAUAGAGACUUGAAUUCGAGGACGAAUUCCUUGUUAGUGGGGAAGAAUUAUAACGACCCGGUUUCUCUAAACCAGAUUUAGAAAUUUUUUUGAUUAAUUAUUCUCUAAACCAAACCAUUUGAAAUAAACCAAAGAGAUAUAUGUCGUAUACAUCUCCAUCUUUGACGAAACCUAGCCGCACACCUCCAAUUAAACCAUUGUUCACCUCCAAAAUCUGAUGCACCGCGAUGCCACCACCGGCUCUUCCCGUUGUCUUGGAGCCAUCACGCCAUGUCAGAGAGAGAGCCUCGUCAUCACUGGUCAAACGUCUCACGUGUUGUUGUCUCGCACCGAACUCGAGAGAUGUAUAUAUGAUGUGAGGAGGAGGCGCACAAAGACGGAGCCACCGUCUCACCACCACCGCACCGAUCAGAUCCACACUGUUGUUAGUCGCAAGCCAUUGGAGGAGGCAGUCAUGUCACCGGAGAGUCGUGAUAGCCGGAGAUCGUACCAGCCACCGUCAUCAACCGUUAUCUAGCUAAGUGUUGCCUCCUUUGUUACUUGUGCCACAAGUAACGUAUAUACCACAAACCUUAAACGUGUCUUUGCAUGUGUUUAGGUGUAGUGAAUCUUAUGCCAACCUGGAGUUACUUGCCCAUCAUUUUAAAAUAAGGCGUACAAAGAUUUAUGGAACAUGUUUCGCUCAACACCAUGAUUAGGAAGGAAUCUUUUAAAGUGAUGUUAGGCGAGAUCGUUCCCGAGCUUUUCAUGAGCUAUAUCCAAUAUUUGCUAAGGUGAGGGUCUUUUCCCGAGUUUCUCUUACACGGCUUAGGACCUCGAAUAAAUAUAAUUUAUUUCUAAUGUGUUUCCGUCUGCGUGAAAUUGAGUCUGUCAUUGUUUGUUUAGUUUUAGGUUCUUUGCUUAACCGGAACUAGGGUGUUAGAAGGUUCAGCAAUGUUUGUUCAUUUAUAAUUGAUAAUAUAUAUAUAGUAUGUUGAUGUGAUUUGGAUGAUAGCCGACCAUGGGGGUAUCGGCUGGAGACAGUACAUUGGGUGUGGUGUUUGCUGCGGCACAGCGUAGUCGACCUGUUGUGCCAAGGCGUGGAGGUCGAUAAAUCGUCUACGGGCGUGUGUUACCGAGCACAUAUUCGGUGGUGUUUUGGCCUGAUAGUGGGCACUUUGUUUGAUCUCUGGGUACUUUAGGUACCGUGUUUGCAACGUGUUAGGAUUAAAUUAUAUUUAUUCGGAGUGCUCUGUCCGGGUCCAUGGACUUCGGAUUUAGUAUCCCAUACCUCAUUGAGUGACUUCCCCGUUACUCACCCCUCUUUCUUCCCAUUUCAGGUGAGACUGACGAGAAUAUGAUAUUUGGACGGAUUGGUGCUACUGGACUUUUUAUUCGGAUUUUUAUUUGGGCUUUGGGUGAGUGUAAUUGGGUAUAUGGGAUUUUAUUAUAUGGGAUAUAUUUGGUGGUCUGCUUUCUCUGGAUUGGAGGUGACGGGUGUCACAGUAUCAGUAUGAGCGGGCUAUAAAAUAUUUGAAAGGAAAUGCAAAAAACCUCGCCAAAGUUGAAGGUUCUAUAAUUGAUGGAAGUUUGACGGGAAAAAUAUCUCACUCUUCACAUCGUACUACUUUACACCAAAAGUACGUACCCGGAAAAGAGCUCCAAGAAGAUAUGAUGAUGGUGGUGUCGCACCAACAUAUGCAGUUGUUGGUGUUCCAGACAUCUUUUGCCCGAUUGGGCGAUUCGGUAGGAAAUUGAAAGAGGUUUUGUGGUCGAAUGAUAAAGACGAUCAUAGUGAACCCACUUAUAUUCUACUCAAUUGCGAGGAUCCAUUGAUGCAUUGUUUUGAAAGGUAACAUAUAUUGAAACUUCUAAAAAUAUAUAUGUGUAAAUUAUAUAAAUUUCAAAUGAUUAAUUAAAAGAAAAUAUGAAUUCACAGUCUAUUUGCUUUUCAAGUUGAAGAAAUAAUCCCAGGUAUAUCCAAAAUUGAGAUAGACAGAAGGAAAAAUCAACACUUUAUUAAGUGGUUGAAAAAGUCAGGUAUUAACCCAAUUUUGUAAGUUCACAUACAUGAUAUGUAUUCGCCGUUAGUAUGAUUAAUUAAUUUCAACGUUCGCUUUAUUUUGGUUGAUUAUGACGAUCCAGAUUACCCCACAUGGUUUCAUGAAUUAGUUCAAGGUCCAGUUGUAAAGGUCACCACAUCACCGAUGUAUUUCAUUCGAGGUUUUACUUUUCAUAUAUAUGAGUAUGGUAGACAGGAGGCGACAAGUAAUUAUGGAAAAUGUGUGAAAGGCGAAACAGAUUUCUACGGGAUCUUGCAGGAGAUUAUUAAAGUGGAAUUCUCAGGGUUAUUGAAGCUGAAAUCUGUCAUCUUCAAAUGUGACUAGUUUGACCCCGUCGUCAACAAAGGUGUUCGAUUUAACAAAUUCGGUGUAGUUGAUAUCAAUGGUGGACAACAGUACAACAAAUUCGACCCUUUCAUAUUAGUUUCGCAAGCAGGCCAAGUCAACUUCCUUCCAUACCCUCGGAUGAGAGAAUCAGG